AAAAUUUACCCAUCAAUCACCUCCUCUCAUUUGUUACUCUCUCAACAUCUGUUCUAUUACAACUUUUAAUGCUCUACACACACAGCCCAGUCAAUUCUUAGUUUUCUCAGACACAAUCUAACUCUAACAAUUCUCGUUGGUCUCAUCUCAUGUGACUCAAGAACCUGAAUUCAAAUUCUUGAUUCUUUUAGAGAAUAAAAACCAAACUCCAUGCUUCCUCCUCUUCCGCCCUUCCCUUCUCUUAAUUUCGAAGACAUUCAAGGUAAGCUUUCCACUCAGUUUAGACCCUGGCAACGGUCUCUUCACUUCUGGGCUCGCACAGCUGAUAUUUACACUGGCUACAAGGUGUUUCAACUUCGAGUGAGUUUUGUUAAGGAUGUGCAAAAACAGGAGGCAAUGUGGGAAAUGCAGCAUGAACUUGCUGCUCAUAAAAUUUAUUCCAUGUGUUAUGAUCUUGGUGGGUUCUUUCUUAAGGUUGCCCAAAUCAUUGGGAAGCCUGACUUGGCCCCUGCUGCAUGGGUGAGAAGGCUGGUUACUCUUUGCGAUAGAGCUCCUACAACUCCAUUUGAUUCUGUUCGGCUUGUGCUGGAGAAGGAGUUAGGUCAAACUGUUGGGGAAAUAUUUGAAAGAUUUGAUGUAGAUCCCCUUGGAUCUGCUUCAAUUGCACAGGUUCAUCGGGCAAGAUUGAAAGGCGAUAAGAGUGAUGUUGCUGUCAAGGUGCAACAUCCUGGGGUUCAGGAGCUGAUGAUGACAGAUAUCCGGAAUUUACAAGCAUUUGCCUUGUAUAUGCAAAAGACAGAUAUCAAGUUUGAUCUGUACUCUGUGACUAAGGAAAUGGAGAAACAGAUUGGAUAUGAAUUUGACUUCUUGAGGGAGGCUGAUGCUAUGGAAAAAAUCCGGUGUUUUCUAUACGAGAAUAACAGAAGAAGUCCAGUUUCGGUGCCACGAGUGCUGAAGGAUAAGGUCACAAGGAGGGUAUUAGUGAUGGAGUACAUUGAUGGAAUUCCGAUACUGAAUCUAGGUGAUGAAAUGGCCAAAAGAGGAAUAAAUCCUGAUAGUACGAUGGCAGCAGCAGCAAAGCAGAACAUACUUAAAAGUCUGACCCUAGCAUAUGGACAAAUGAUACUAAAGAGUGGUUUCUUCCAUGCAGAUCCUCACCCAGGAAAUAUUUUAAUCUGCAAAGGUUCGGAGGUUGCCUUACUAGAUUAUGGGCAAGUGAAGGAUCUCCCGGACUCACUAAGGCUUGGAUAUGCUAAUCUCGUACUUGCUAUGGCUGAUAACAAUGCUGUAAAAGCGACAGAAAGCUACAGAGAGCUUGGGAUAGGGACUUUAAGCAAAUGCGAGAAUGAACAGCAGGAAUUACUGACAUUGGCACAAACAAUGUUUGAUACUAAAUUACCUCCUGGAGUAGAAAUAUUGCAGCCUUUCUCGGAGGACUCUUCCAUUAAAAAGAUUGCCGUUGAGGCUUUCCCAGAGGAACUAUUUUCUGUUCUUCGAACGGUGCAUAUUUUGAGAGGCCUCAGUGUCGGUAUGGGGAUCAAUUACUCGUGUGCCGAACAAUGGAGACCUAUUGCAGAAGAAGCAUUAUAUCAAUCUGGCAGAUUAAAAGAACCAGAACUCAGAAGAAGAGUGCGGCGACGUCGUUUAUUUAGAAGAUUGCUUCGCAGGGAUUAAUUUGAUUGGCUAGUGAACAAUCAACUGCUAACUAGUGAGAAAAAGCAGCCAUGAGCAAUAAUCUGAAGACAAUUAGAAGUAAAUAGUUGCUUAAUCCUUCAUUACUGAUUCAAAUUCGUUUUAAUUUAUCUUCUGUAUAACUCACCACAAGCUUGUCUUUGGCAUAGCUUACAUACUAAAUUUUGAAUGCUUUUAAACUUAAAUAAAAAUUUCAUUCCUUCGUUA